AUGAUUAUCGUGAGUGCUUUAGAGCGUCGAUACGAGUAUUUCAGGUUCAGGAAGGAUGCGAGUGGUAGACCUGGUCACACGAUCAUACAGAAGUGCACUGCCACAAUCAGGCAGCUGGCAUACGGUGGCGUGGCUGACAUGUUCGACGAGUACCUCCACAUCGGCGAGACGACUGCCCGCGAUUGUCUGAAGUAUUUUUGUGAGGGCGUUAUUGAGAUAUUCAGGGAUAUGUAUCUUCCGAAGCCUACCCCCGAAGACUGUCAGGCUAUGAUGGAUAUGCACGGAAAUCAGCAUGGGUUUCCGAGAAUGUUGGGCAGUAUAGAUUGUAUGCAUUGGGAGUGGAAGAACUGCCCCGCCGCCUGGAAAGGGUGUACACGACUGGCUUCAAAGGAGGCAUCGCGCAAGGAUGUGGAGCGGGAAUUUGGUGUGCUACAGGCUCGAUGGACGGCAGUGAAGGGUCCAACACGGCUGUGGUAUCCUGACUGCACCGCUGAUGUCAUGUGCGCAUGUAUUAUCAUGCACAAAAUGAUUGUUGAAAAUGAAGGUCCAACAUUGACUGAUUGUGCCAAUGAUGAUGUUGAUGCUGCUGAUCCAAGCCACGGCGUGGCCACCGCCAAUGUACAUAUGGGGAUACCUCAUGGAGACGCCAAUCGGGUCUGUGCAUUUGCUGACAUACGCCAACAAGAAGCCCAUAUUCGACUCCAGAAAGAUAUAAUUGAAGAGCUAUGGACGCGGAGGGGUGCACGCUGA